CUUCCCUAACUUCUAAAUUAAGAGAAUUACUACAAUUGUCAAUACUGUAUAAUGUUCCGACCUUGACAUUACAUUUUAUCUAUAAUGCAUUCAGAGUAAGAAAUUCAGAUGUGAAAUAGCUUCAAUGGCGGACAAAGCAAUUUCCAUAGCCAUCGCUGUUUUCAUCGUUCUCUUCAUCGGAAGUCUCCUAUUGGUUUUCAGUUUCAGUUACGUAGAAUAUUAUGAGUUUGGCUUCAGACAACAAAAGUCCACGGGGAAGAUUGACAGGACAAUAGUGUAUACGAUCGGAAGAUAUUUAUACGGACCGGAUGUUACGUUCAAAGUGUUUCCGCUGGACGCCCAUCAUGUCACCCUGGCAGACGCACUUAUAUUUACAGCAGACAAACUAGAGGUGGCGAUCACGGUCCACUUCCAAUAUUUCAUACGUAAAGACGAGCUUCCCUUACUUCACGACAAGUUUGACUUGGAUUACAGAGGUCCUAUUGAAUCUAGCGCUUUGGAUGCUAUGAAGGGUUCUACAACAGCGUACACAACCCGGAAUCUGGUAGAUAACCGGAAGUUACUGGAGCAGACCAUCUAUAAGGCCAUCAGGGAGCGACUAGGGGGCAUGUGUUGCCUGCCAAACUGUUCAUCGUAUGCACACGCAUGCCCCCCCAACUGCAAAGCCAUAAAAUCUUGCACCAACGAAGAUAAGGGAUACUUUGUGGAUGUGAAGUUUUUUCAGCUUGGACAGGUGACCAUACCUAGCUCUGUACAGGAACGGUAUAUGAAAGCACUGACCCUGAAGGAGGAGUCUGACAGGGAAAAUCUUGUACAGGAAGCCAAGGUGGUGCGCAAAACUACUAAUGCCAUGGUUCAGCAAAUCAGGAAUACGGCGGAGGAAAUUCGAAAUAAUGGCACAAUAGAGGCGAAUUUGUUAACUGCUGUAGCUCAGGCUAAUUACAGUACAGUAUUAGAGAUCGCCCGGUCUGACGGACUGAAGCAGAUCUUUCAUGACCUUGGCUUUACACAACAAGAAUACAAAAAUAGUUUCAACUAUCUACGGACAUUACGAGGGAUGCCCUCUGCUCAUUUUACUCUUGAUUUCCAGCAAAGAAUCGUUGGAAAUAUCUAAUUAUUGUGUAUAAAUUUGUUUUUGUAACGUUGGAGUAUCCUUAUGUAAAUUAAUAUUAAUUAUAACUGAUUCAUAUCUGUAUAUGUUUUCAAAAAGAGAGGGUACGUGUUUUUGAUCUGUUCCAUCUCUUUGGUCAUUCUGAAUUUCCCUACGGAAUUUCCCUUCGUUGGUUUUUACGACCAACACAGGAGCGGAUUAUAAACAUUGAACAGAAAAAAUGUGAAUUUAUUUAUUGUACAAUAUGUUAACUUAUUUAACUAUAUGUGUAAAAUGUAGACGUUUUCAUAUAUAAUUAUAAUUAUGAAACUUUGUUCGUGAAAACUUUUGCACAAAAUAAAAUAAAUUAAUGGUC